GGUUUCUCUGAACACACCUCAACAAGUACCCAACAGCAACACAUCUCCAGAGCGGGAACUGAGAGUUAAAGUUUACCCCUGAGCGGACAGUGAAGAGAACAGAAACAGGACACUGGAGAAAGACUUUUAACAUCUGACACUGAGCUGCUUGUUGUUGGACUGUUUGGACUUUUCACUCUUUCGCCUUUUGGAGUGAUUUUUUAAUUCAUUUGGGACACUUGAGAGAGACGCCGAGUGCCUGAGUUGUGGCUUGUUUCUGCUGACUCUGACAUUUAUUGAUUAAAGGAGAGUGUUUCUAAAAGAAGCUGGUAAGCUCACCUUUUCCUUCGACUUUCAUGUCUACAAAGAUGGAGCAGCCUUUCUAUCAUGACGACUCUUUUCUGUCGGCUUACAGCCACUCAGACGCAGCAAUGCACGACUACAAACUGCUGAAGCAGAACAUGAACUUGAACUUGACAGAGCCUUAUCGCAACCUGAAGUCUCAGCUGAGAGCCGAGACCGACCAGUACCAGGGUGGGCAUCAAGACAUGGGGUCCCUGAAGCUCGCGUCCCCCGAGCUGGAGAGGCUCAUCAUCCAGAACAGUAACGGGGUGAUCACCACUCCCACCCCGGGACAGUACUUCUACAACCGGGGUAUCACGGAUGAGCAGGAGGGCUUCGCGGAGGGCUUCGUGAAAGCUCUGGACGAGCUGCACAAGAUUAACCAGAUUCCUCCUAACGUGUCCAUUGGAGCCGGAGGAGUUACAACGUGUUCCGCGGCGGCCUCUAGCGUCUUCGGCUCCACCCUGCAGCCGGAGCCUCCAAUCUACACCACCCUGAGCGCCUAUUGCCCCAACACGAGCAUCUCUUCCGCAUCCAGCUACCCCACAGCCACUAUUAGCUACCUGCCGCCGCACCAGCAGAGCCACCCUCAGACCUCCACGCACGGCUCACACCCGUUCCAGCACUCCCUCGCCGGCUCGGGCAUCCACCAGCAGCGGCUCGUGACUCUGAAAGAGGAACCCCAAACCGUGCCGGACCUCCUCAGCAGCGACGGCUCACCCCCCAUGUCCCCGAUCGACAUGGAUACCCAGGAGCGGAUCAAGGCGGAGCGCAAGAGGCUGAGGAACCGGCUCGCAGCCACUAAGUGCCGGCGGCGCAAGCUGGAGCGCAUCGCCCGGCUGGAGGAGAAGGUGAAGGGUCUAAAGAGCGACAACGUGGGGCUUUCCAACACGGCGUCAGUGCUCCGGGACCAGGUCGCCCAGCUCAAACAGAAGGUCCUGACGCACGUGAGCAGCGGCUGUCAGCUGAUGCUAACGAGUAAGAUGGAGGCGUUUUAAACACCAGAGACUAAUAACUAACAGACUGAAAGUAAAAAACACUGGAGUCAUGAUCUGCAUGCACAGCACUGGGAGAAACAGCUGAUGCCUGUGUUUGAGAACUGAUAGAAAAUGGUACUUCCGGAUGCUGGGCAUCACUCAGAGAACCAUUGAACCCGAGACACCAUCAGGACAGCAUCCAGACUGAGCAGAGUCUGCUCACUGAUGGUAGAAAUGGGAAUGAUACUUGUAUUUCUUUGUACCUUUUACAACUGAUAUUGUCAUGCAAUGCUGCAUUUAUUCUGUGUGUAAAUUAUUUGGUUUGUCCGGUUGAUCCAGACAAACUGAUGAUGUCCAAUGUUUACACUGUCUUUUUUUAUUUGUGAUGUAUUUAAGUAAAGUGUCUUCAAAUGAAA